ACUCAACACAUGCCUCUUUUGCAGAACAUCAACUUGAACGUAUCUCUUGGGAAUCUUCUGUGCUCUUAAGCUUCAAAAUCAUCCCUUUCAAUGACUAAAGUCUCUAGACUAGAAGCGACGAAAACACGUUUAUCGAGCCCUGCUUCUUCAUGGAAUAGGUUCAGGAACGUUCAUGCUGCGAAGGCUACCAAUGCAAAUAUAUGUCAGAAUGGCACCGCCUCCCAUAAAGCUCGCAAAACCAAAUCAGUGAAUGAUCGGUAUCGAGAUCUACGGCACAAAGCGAAAGAAUUGGGCAUUGUCGUCCAACAGACAAAGUUUUGCAUCAACCGACCAGGAAACGUUCCUAUUGAGCAUCAGGCAAAGUUCGAGCACAUCCAAACACUAGGUCGUCUAGCGUACGAUCCAUACGGGCUACAGCCUAAUCCCGACACAGUCGAUAAGCCGUGGCAGCUUGCAAACAAGUUGAGAGCCGCAAGGCUAAACAAGAUCGCUAUCAAUUGCAGAGAGGAAAGACUAAAUGAAGGUGGAUGGCGAGCCAGGGUUGAAUAUAGGCUAUUUGAGCGUUUCGAGAUCGAAGUUGCUUGCAAACAUUGCCGCAAACGUCUUUGGAAAUCUGAGAUUGAAGUGGACCCAGCGGCAGGUAACAGCCGAACAAGUUCAUUGAAAGAACGUCAGGCACGGCGGGAACCGUGUAAGUGUGGUUAUGAGUGGAGCAUGAGCGACAUUCAUGACACGGGCUUAAGCGACAUAUUCUCGUCUCGGAUUGAGGAGUCGAAUAUUCUCCAUCACGAUCAAGGAGCAAAUUUUGAUCCAGUGCGUAAGAAACCAGAUCGCAUCCAUGGACUGCAGAGUACUGCAAACCUGGAGAAUUUACUUCGGCGGCAUUGUGACGCACAGUCACAACAAAAGGAUGAACCUUCAAAAAGGCUACUAGACAUCAUCCAAACUACCUGUAAUCCCGAUAGCGGUGGGAAAAGCUUACUUUUCCCCUUCCUAGUGAUGGAAGCAAAGAGUGAAAAAGGUGGCAGUAACUUCGAUGAGAUCGAGGUACAGACAGCGCUUCCAAUACGAAACCUUCUCAUGCUUCAGCACGAACUUCAACACGCCGAAUGCAAUAAGAUGGAAGUUCCAGGAGGACCACUUGCUUGGUUUCUUGCUGAUGUCGGCGAAACAUGGAGAGUGUAUGGAUGUUAUGUAACGUGGAGCGAAGAUGAACCACAUCCAUCUUGGAACAUCGUCCUCCUUUGGGAAGGCAGUAUCACCGGGCUCGAUGAGGCGCUCCAAUUGGUCCUAAUCGUUGAUUACAUCUUAGAUUGGGCACGUGAUAUUUAUCGCCCUAGUAUCCUUCGGCAGCUCAAGUGCGUUGUCGCAAGGGGUGUAUAUUCUGAUUACACCAUCAGCCACGAUCCUGAUAUGUUCUCAGUCGCGAAUCCUACGCGCCAAUGGCUUAGUGGUUCAGGUGGACUAGCAUCGGUGCCAACCACAGAUUCUACAACUAACCAGGCGCACUUCGCAGAUGAAGAUGAUUCCGGAGCCGAGGAACAAUGGAAACUUCCCCUCUACAAAGACAGUGUGGGCUCGGUGAAGCACGGCACAGUGCUUGAGUCUCGCGUACGUGGACUAUACAUUACAGUGGAUAACAUGAGUACAAUACUGCAAGGUUUCGGCGAUUCGAGAGCCGAAACAUGGUUUAUGUCUAGCAUUGUCAAAAUCAUUAUGACCCGAGGAAGAUGCUUCAUGCUACCUAAUGCACGAGCACUCAGCACCGUCGAACAGAUCUGGACUGGUGACCGCACAUACUCUGAGAUACUCUCCAGCACCUCAUGCCCGACUCUAGUUUCCUUGCAGGUUAGAUUUUGGGUCGGACAAGAUUGGGAGCUGGUGCGAGAGCUGACCUAUCUAGCCAUCACUGAAGAGGCAUUUAAAGACCUCACAUCCUUGUACAAGCACCGGGAGCUGGAUCCCCCGGAAAGCUGGAAGUGUGCUCCAGUAGAGCAGUUUGUUUCUUUAGUAGAUCAGGAGAACAGGGCUUACAGGGACGAUUUCUUCAUUCGGUGUCUAGAACGACAGGUUCUGCUUUUUCGCCACACUCCUCGCAUGGAAUUCCGAUACGAUGCAAGGUUGACGUCUUCAAUAGGUCCAGUGGGUCAGCUCGUGUCUUCAAUCUAUACGAGGUAUCGAAUUGGAAAUCGAAAACCAACAGAGGCGUUCAUACGACAUUGCGAUACAACAGAAAACAUUCUUCCAAAACCUGGAAAUCCACUUUGGAGCGCGAAUGAUAAUGGAAUACUCGUCAGUGGAGAUUCUUUUCGUCUUUGUCUCUAUGUCACGAACAAAGAACAACUCGUGUUCACCUCUAGCCGAGUUGUUAAGAACCUCGCUUCGAGAUUUGCACUCGAUGAGCAAAUUUUCCAUGCCUGUUUAGCCGAUGAAAAUGGUAUCCUUAAGGCCUCGCAGUCCAAACGCAGGGAUUGGAGCACGCAGUGUCGUUUAGGGUCCGAUCCGGGGGGGCUAGUUGAUCUUGCCAUGUGGAUUAUUGAAAUAAGAAAGUCGAGGGUUCAGCUAAUGGAGAUGCGAAGUGAAUUUUCAAGCAUUGAUAUGUUUGAUAAGUUCAUGAAGUUCGAGGAGGAAGUUCGAGAACGGUAUGACUGUAGCUGGUUGGAUUUUUCUUGGAGUUAAUGAGUUCCUGACAAAAUUGCAGCUCUAGCGAGCGAAUAUUGUAUUAUGAGGGUAAACAUUCCUGUACUUAGGAGAGAAUUUGUCGUAGAUCUCUCACUGCACUGAUCACUUAAUGGUCGUCAUUUCCGGCGGGAACUACGCCCACUCAUGUAAGGCAUUAUUCUUAGAGUUAAAUUCCUAGCUUCAAUAUGUGUCGAUC